AUGAAGGUCUAUCAGCUCGCGGCUUUGCUGUCCUUCAGCACCUACUUGAGCGGAGCAUCCGCUGCGUAUUGCAACAACAGCCCAUCUCUUAUUUGGCAAUGUUUGAGAUCUGACAACUCCAACUCUGGGUACACCGCAUCAUGCUGUCCCGGAGGUAGUUACCAACAAGACGGCGCUUGCUGCACUGAGAAUUGGCAAGCUUUCAAGUCUUGCUGCACUGCGCAUCCUGGUUACUGGGCUGCUAACGGCUAA